AUGCGCAUUAAAUUAAACCUUUUGCAACUGACACCGAAUAGGAAUCCAGCCAUUUAUUGGCUUCAUAUAGACAUGACUUACAUUAAAUUAAUAAAACAACUUAAACAAAAAGUACAAAAAGUGUUAAAUGAACCUCGUGAUAUAGAAUUAUGUUUUGAUAAUGUACCGUUUCUGGAUGAAGAUGAUAUCAAUGCAAUUAAUGAAAAUGAAGAAAUAACUGUUAUAGUGAAAAAAAGAAAUAUUUAUGAUGAACCAAAAUACACCCAAACUGAAUCAAUUAUUAUAGACGACGAUAUGAUUCCUAAUAAUACCAAUGGAGUUUUAUCUCCCUUUCAUAAAGUGGUUGUAGAACCUAUUAAUGAUAUUGAAAAUUCAACUUCAUCUGAACUAUUAAAAAAUCCUAAAAAAAGAACACGCAAGAGGACACAUAAAAAAAAUAAAAAAAACCUUAAACCUGUUGAAAAGGAUUAUGUGGGUUCGUUAUCUGAAACUUCUAUUGUGUCCUCAAAGGAGACUUGUAAAAUGCACAAACGUUUUAAAUUAGAUAAUGUAGAAAAUCUUAAUCAAGAAGAUAGUUCUCAUUCCAUACAUUCUGAAGAAGAAAAACUUGAAGUAACAAGAGAAGUUUUUCGUUGUGACUCUCCAGCUCUGACUUUUAGAGAACAAAAAGAUACAAAGCUUCCUAUUUGGAAAAAUGAAAAACCAUUAAAUAUUAAAUUCCACAAAGUUCCAGUAUUUGUACGUGGUCAAACAUGCACACCGAUAACUUCUACACAAAAUAAGAAUUACACUGAAAAUGAAAAUGAAAACAAUAAAUCUAGUGAUAGCAUCACAAGUGAACAUUGUGAUAUGUUAGUUGUAGAUUGGAAGAACAUGUCACAGAUAAAAAUAACAAAUAUUACUGAGUUACAAAUUUAUGAUUUAUUACAAUUCAAAAUUAUGUCCAUGAAUGAAUGCGGUGAACCCCAUUUGUCAUCAGUUAUAACUGCACGUUUAGAUCACAUUUAUAAAUGUACAUUACAUAUUCAAGUACUUUCUGGAAUUAAAGAAUUUAUGACAAUUAAUCCAAAAUUCAAAAUGGAUGAUGAAGAAGAUAUUGGAACUCAGCGUGAAGUCGAAUUUGAUGAUCUUUUUGAAAUUUUUAAACUUGUUUAAUCUGUUUGCUUGUUUUAUUUGUAUAUUUUUAUUAUCAAUGUAUCAUGUAUGAGUGAAUUGUUCAUGUUUUAUAUAAAUUGACAAAUUAUCUCUA